ACACACACAUACAUACACACUACACAGACACGAAACUAUAAAAAAAGUUUUUUUUCUGGAACAGUCCCUCAGUUUUCUCUGUUUACAAACACUUUUGGAGCAGCAAGACAACCAGGAGGUCCUCAAGUUGAAUUGCAGGUGAACUAAUGUGAAGGUGUAAAUCAGAAAAUGGCAUCGAAUGAUCAGUGGCCACCAGUGGCCCCAGUAGGAAAAAAUUCGGCGAAAAAUCGAUCGAGUGGAAAUGUAAAGAGACCAACUAAAGAAGAUCAGCAGCAGGUGCUCUCUGGACUGACUGAAAUGUUCCAGAAAACUCUAGAAUCAGAGGUAAUCCUGUCAGUAGCCCAUAACUGUGACUGGGAGUUGCAAUCCUGCAUAGAUGCCCUCAUAGCCCUCUCCUCGACAGUCGAAUCACCGGACAAACAGACAAGAGGAGCUUUUGUCCUGGUAUCUCGUGAUUCUGGGGAGCAGACGGAACCAUAUGCCCAGGACCUUGAGCCAGAUUUCUUCAAAAUGGACAAGAUCGAAUUGCAAAAGCAGAAAGAUGAAUUUAAAAAAUUCGAGAAGAUUAAAAAAACAACAUCUAAGAACCGAAUGGGCUCGUUCAGAGGGAACAUAUCAAAAUUGGAUUCGAAGUACCAAGAGAAGCAUAAUCCUGGGAGUUUCGAUUCGAUCUGGAAUCCACCGAAGCCCCAGAGCAAAGCAGACGAGAAAAAUUGGAAUGAUAACAGUGAUUCCGGGAAUAACGCUCAAUUUGUCCUCCCCCAGAUGCCUCUGAAGGCGAAUCCCUGGAUUGAGGGCCUUAAACAGGUCUCCACAAAUCCCCUCAGCCUCAAUACACACAAUCCUUCGGUCUUCUCCGAGAAAAAUUCUAUAUCCUCGCAGAAUAAACCAAAAAAGGAGUCUGAAUUUUGUGGGCUGAAGGUGCAGUACCGAAUAGCAGGAAUGGAGAGUUCCUCAGAGGACGAUGAUGCUGAUGUUGUAAUCGAGCAAGAGCUCAACUGCAGCAUUCCCACGUCACUACCAGUCAAUGUCUCCCAACUGUUGUCAUCGUCGAUCCAGAGUCCUCCUCAGGUCGCCUGUAGUUACAAAGCAAAAACCAUCACGACACCGUCACCACCGAGAACACCAAAAAGGUCAAUUCACGAGGCGACACUCGAUAGAAUAAAGAGAGCCAUUCUGAAUCGACAGAAAAUUAUGGUGUUGAUGAGGGGCCUGCCAGGCAGUGGAAAAUCCUCCCUGGCGAAGAGCCUCGUCUCUACCCUCGCAGGAAAUCCUUCUGAUUACAUAUUCAGCAGUGACGAUUACUUUGUCACCCUGGGAUGUGGAAUUUACAUGUACGACCCAAGAAGAAUCGAAGACGCCCACACUACGAACCAGAAGAAGGUUAAUGAGGCACUGAAAAGGGAAAAAACACCAGUGAUAGUCGAUAAUACCAACACUCAAGCGUGGGAGAUGAGGCCAUACGCAGCUAUGGCUGUGAAAUUUGGGUACAUCGUUGUGACACUGGAGCCGGACACCUCCUGGGCGACCAAUGUCAGUCAAUUGGCGAAGAAAAACAGUCAUGGGGUGCCAAAAGAGAAGAUUGAACAGAUGUUGCUGCGCUUCGAGCCUGGAAUCACUGGGGAAAAACUGCUGGUAAUGUUCUCGCUACGAUAUCCACCAGGGAGUGAUCCUCGAGAGCUGAACAUUACAGAGGAUUGUAAAAAUGAUACUGAACAGGUGUCUGGACCCACUCUCAUAGUCGCUGAUCGUCUUCUCGAACUCGAGGAGUCAGCAGAUAAAAAAGAUGAAGGGGUAGGAAAUAUUACUCUCGCAGAAGUCACAGAAUUAGACGAGUUCAAGCCUAAUCCAGGAGAGGAGUACAUCUUGCAAGUGUUGGGAGCCAUUGGAUCAGAGAGAAAGAACAGUGUCGUAGCAACUGAUCUCCCCAGCAUGCCAGACCUUUCCAAUGAGGAAAUUAAUUCUCCAAAUCACGAUAUUCUGUCACACUGCUCAGAAAUGCAGGAGCAGGACGAAGAAUUCGGUAAAAAGGGGAAGAGGAAUGGAGAGAGUCCUGUGGAUCAGAUGGAGGACGAUGGGGUGAGAUCAGCAGUUCAUAAUUUUCUGAGUGAGCUCACUCAGGGCUACAACAGCACAUCUGGAGGUUUCGUCCCAGAGCAGAGGCAGUCGACAGUCAUUAUCACUGAAUUGUUUGAAGAACAGGAGAUUCAAAAUGUCGAGGAUAUCGCUGUUAGUCUUCUCGAAAGUACUGAUAUUGGCGAUGGAGAAAAACAUGGGGACAUCAAACAGGAGGGACAACCUGAAGUUAUUCAAAAAAAGAGUGAGGAUGAGGAAUUGCCAAUACUUGAGAAUGAAGCUCCAAUCGAGGACGAGAAAAUAGAGAACAGCUCUGGAGAGGAUAGGGACAUGAGUAUCAUCGACGCAGAGAAUUUAUCGGACAUUGAGACAACAGAAGAACCGGGAGAGCCUCAGACUCAAUCAACUCUGGGAAAUUUCUUCAAUAUGAUAAAUGUUUUAAUAUUGGGGAAUACCCAGGAUGAAGAGGCCCAGGGGAUUGAUACAGAGAUAGAAGAGGGUAAAGAGUUGAAAGAGUAUUCACUUCUUGAGGAACCCCAGUUGGAGUCGAAAAUAGUUCCGAAUUCAGCUCCUGAGUCAAUUUUCAGAGAUCAUGUGAAUAUCAAUAGUUCAAUAGCUGAGAUUAAAGCUGCGAUUGAUAGCACAGAUAGUGACGUCUUGACUCAGAAGAUAAACAGCAGUGAUAAUCAAGAAGGCAGAGAAUUUUACUCAUUGGAGAGUGAGUCAUUAGUGUCUGUGAAAAUGUCCAGCUUAGAGGAAACAAAUGUGUUUUCCUCUGAACUUGAAAAAGUAGAGUGCAUUCCCAAUGAAGAAAUGGAAACAAAGCCUGAAUCAAGUGCAGAGCCUGAGAUCCUUGAUAAUAUUAACAGAAUUACCUGGAAGGAGUCUCCAUUUCCAGUGGAUGACCUGCUUCUACCUAAAAUGAGUACACUGGACAAAGCGAGUUGUAAUGUGCCGAAACAUGACGCCUCAACUAACACGAGUUACUAUGAUUUCAACGUUUCCUACAUCGGGGGAACGUCGGAGCCCAUGUACAGAGUGAUUCCGGCUUUCAAUAGAUACAUCAAUGAAAGUAUACCCCAUAUUCAGCCAGAGAGGCCACCGGUUAAACUCAUGCUGGAUAAAAGCUCAAUGACUGGGAAUAUCUUCUCCAGGGAAGGUAAUCCAGAGGUGGAGGGAGCAGAGGAGAAAAAGGAUCGAUUUUUCGAGCUCAUGGAGCUUUUUCCCGACAUCCCGAGGGACUAUUUAGCGGAGAUUUAUGAGAAAGUUAAUGAAGACCUGGACUGGGCUGUGGAAUUACUCCUCGAAGGAGUCACUGAGAACGUCAUCAUCAAGCCAGAGGAAAAUUCUGGGCUGCAAGAGUCUUCCACAGAGCAAGGCAAUAUUACUUCUUCUGAAAUUGUGCAAUUCACUGUACUGGAUUCAAGUCCUCCACAGUCUCCAGGGUCUACAGUUCAGUCGAAGGACGAGAACCAAGUAGAAGAUGAAGAUAAACAACAAGAAGAGAAUGAAGAGAAAUAUCUGGAGGAACUGGGAGUGAUUGAAGGAGUUAAAGAUUCGGCUGCAGACGUCUCUGACGAUGCCGCAUCCACAUCGACAACCUCAGUAAGUCGUCUGGAAUCCAUAGAGGACGAGAAAAGCUCUGAGAGCGAUGAACUCCUGGAUCUGAACCUGGGAUUUGACUGCAUAAAGGGCUUGGAGAAAGCCCUGGGCAUUCCUAAUUUCCACAUCCCCGAGAGUUUUUCACCGGUGAUCCAGAUAAAGAAAUCGGUAGCCGAGGAGUUGUACGCUAGUUGGAUCGAGAGUCUAUCCCAACAAGCGAACACACGCCACGAACAAUUGGAUCAAAUGAUGGCGGAGGAUGCUGAAUUGGCGAGAUCUUUGGAACGUAGAAUGGAGCUUGAGGGGGCAAUUACUUCGGAUAAUUCUGUCGAACCAAAUUUAGAGCAGAUAAUGGACAUGGAGUUGGCUCUAGCCAAAUACAAAAAUGAAUUAAAGUCAAUUAUAAGUCGAGAAACACCUGAUGAUCUUGCUGCAAGGCUGUCUCGUCAGAUGCUUCACGAGGCAAUACCUGAUAUUGAUCCAGACGCUCUCAACGAGAUUUUACAAUUCUACCAUGGAAAUUUCAAGGAGGCUUUCGAGGUCAUCCAGAUGGAGACUGGUAGAGCCAUUGUUCCAUGUGAUACACUCAAGAAGCAGAAGAUUUUGAUGGAUAAAGUGAAGGAGGAGGAUAGAAAUCUGGGGGAAAGGGAGCCACCUAUUAUUGUGGUGAGGACCAGGGCUAAAGACGAGAGGCUGGGGUAUAAUACUGCUCUGGCACAUGCCAGGGACUCCAGGGAGGAAGCGCAGAGGCAGUUGUCUCUGAAGAUUCAGAAUUAUAAUAAAGCUGCUGAGGCUUACAGAAAAGGAUGCCCCGGUGUUGCUGCUUAUUACUCCCAAGUGGCGAGAUUGCACACGAAGAAUAUCGAUGCUGCACACGCAGCAGCUGCCAGUGCUUUUGUGGAGGCCCAGUCUUGGGAUGAUGAAGAGACACUUGAUCUGCAUAAUUUGUUCGUCUCAGAGGCACUCACUGCGUUGGAUGAAUUCCUGGAAUAUCAUAUGGAGAAGCUCAUGAGGAGCAAUAAACGAUCAUCUAAGAUUUACAUCAUAACUGGAAGAGGGGCUCGAAGUAAUAACGGAACUAGCAAAAUUAAACCUGCCGUUUCGCAGAAGUUAAUUAGUAAAAAUAUCAAAUUCUCUGAGGCUAAUCCAGGCUGCCUAAAGGUCACAUUAUACAAAAAAAAAUGGUCCAACUGAUUAAAAACAUAGAAAAGGAAACGCACAAGUCGUGGGCCACAGUGUCUGCUCAAUAUUUCAACUGUAGGUGAAUCAUUUGCAAAAUAUGACGAUAUUUUUCAUAUACUUUGGAAUAUGUGAUUAAAUGAGUCCAAUAAGUAACGACGUCGGUUAGACAGAUAAGUUUUUUUUUCUUAUGAAUUUAGAUUUACAAAUACAGAUGAAAUAUAUUUUACUAACAUCGUAACAUAAGCAAUAAUUAAUAUUAUUUUUAAAAUUUCUCUCUUUUCGAUAAUUCAGAAGAUAUUGUAUGUCUCGUUAUUUUUUUUUUGUACUUCUCACGUGAAUUUCGAAAUCCGAAAUUCGAAAAUAAUAUUUUUCGUCAAGAUCACAGUGAAAAGAAUGAUCAUUUACGCUUACGUUUACCAUCCAAAAUCAUGAUUAUUUUAUUUUUGUUAAUUACAGAAUAGUGAAUGAUUAAUUGUUAUGUAUACUUGAAAUUUUUUUAAGUCACAGUCGAUAUUCUGUGCCAUAUUAUUCCAAAUCUUUGGUAAAAUCAAAUGAACAUGUGUUAAUUUUUUCCUUAUCAAUUUCUCAGUUCCGAAAAUAUAGAAUUAAUGAAAAUAAAAUUACUAUA